AUGAGGAGCGUUGGGUUGAGUACCAGUAUUCCAGCAACAAAAGGAUCGGCAGAACUUAAUCACCAUAAACGCAAGGAUCUUAAAGAAGUGAGAAAUGGAGCUGUAUUCGAUGGCCAAAGGCUGUCUGAAGAAGACGAUUCCAGGAUUAACGAUGAUGUCAAUGGUAGUAGACGCAUAGAGUUGCUCAUAUCCCACGAUGCUGUUCAGAGACACCAUCAACAACCACAAGGAUCUCUGGUUCAAUGGGAGAGGUUUUUACCCACCAGGUCUCUCAAAGUUCUCCUGGUAGAAGAUGAUGACUCAACUCGUCAUGUUGUCAGUGCUCUCCUCCGUAAUUGCAGCUAUGAAGUUACUGCUGUAGCAAAUGGUGUAGAAGCAUGGAAAGUACUGAUUGAUCUCAACAAACAAAUCGAUCUUGUUUUAACUGAGGUAGUCAUGCCGUAUCUAUCAGGAGUUGGUCUGUUGUCCAAGAUCAUGAACCAUGCACCUCGCAAGAAUAUUCCAGUGAUCAUGAUGUCAGCUGAUGAUUCUAUGGGCAUAGUCUUUAACUGUUUAUCGAAAGGUGCAGUUGACUUUUUAGUCAAACCUAUUCGAAAGAAUGAGCUUAAAAACCUCUGGCAGCAUGUGUGGAGAAAAUGUCACAGUUCUAGCGGUAGUGAGAGUGAGAGUGGCAUACGUGCUCCUAAACCUAUCAAAGUGAGAAGUGAUGAUGUGUCGGAUGAUGGUGAUGAUGAUGAUGAUGAUGAUGAUGAUGAUGAUGAUGACAGGAGCAUAGGUUUGACAGCUAAGGAUGGAAGUGACAAUGGAAGUGGUACUCAGAGUUCUUGGUCAAAAAGAGCAGUAGAAGUUGAAAGCGCAAAGUAUUCAUGGGACCAAUUACCAACCUCAACCCCCCCUGAUAGCACUUGCGCACAGGUCAUCCGUACAAGGGCAGAAACGUCCAAUAAUUAUCACCCAAAACCAGUUGCCACAAAAGACCAUGCUGGCGAAGAUGAUAAAAUAGCAGAUACAGUUCUAAUGGGCAAAGAUCUGGGAAUCGGAGUUUCUAGAAACUCAGGAAAAUUUAUCGAAUCAAACUCCAAGGAAGAGAGUGAACAAAGGACCAAAUGUAUGACAUUUGCCAAAGCAAAUGACGUUCCUGCCCUUGAGCUCAGUUUAAAAAGACCACGUGACUUGGAGGAUACUGAUACAACAAGCACUCAUAAACGAAAUGUUUUAAAACAGUCUGACCUUUCAGCCUUCUCAAGGUAUAAUAACAACACUACAUCAGAAACAGCAAAACCCGUGAAAAUACAAUCUAACUCAAACGGAGCUCCAAAUCAACGUUCUAAUGGCAGUAGCAUUCACAAUAACGACAUGGGCUCAAGCACUAACAACGCGUUUGCCAAACCGGAACCACUUCCAGAUGUAAAAUCAACGCCGCCACCUGGCGACGGUGACACCACAAACUUCCAAGUCCGCCACCACCACCACCACCAUUACCACCACCACCACCACCAUGUCCACAAGACACAACCACAACAAAAAGCUAACCAGGAGGAUGAUGAUGGAUCUUCAAGAAACAAGGCGGUUGCACCUGUGGAAGGAGAUGCUGCAAACUAUGGAAGUGCAUCGGGAAGUAACAAUAAGAGUAAUGGAGAGAAUAAUGGUGGAAGUAGUGGACAAAAGGGUGGUAGCUAUGGUGGUGGAGGUGAAGGCGAAGGUGGCGAUAAUGGAGUUGUUGCUGAAAAGGGUAAAAAUGGAAAUGGAAGUGGAAGUGGAAGCGGAAGCGGAAGCGGGGUUGAUAAAGACCGGUUAUCGCAAAGAGAAGCUGCACUAAAUAAGUUCCGCCAAAAGAGGAAAGAUAGAUGCUUUGAGAAAAAGGUGAGGUACCAUAGCAGGAAAAAGCUGGCGGAACAGAGGCCAAGGGUCCGAGGGCAAUUUGUCCGACAAGAGGUGAAUGGGAAGGAUGCAGAACGAGAGACGACAACUCCCUCAUUCCCUACCCUUCUUCUUUCUUCGAGACAGUUGAGCUCCGGUGGUGCUUUUCCGAUUCAUCACUGCCCAACAACCCCACCUCUUCUCUUGCUUCCGUUUUCCUCCUUUUCCUGUUGUUCGGAUCCUGGAAGAGAUGAAGAACGAAGACCCUUUCCUUUCCCAGCCGCACCGGAGCUCCCGUCGAUCUGCCUUUCGUUCGAAUCGAUAGUGGGUUUUUGUUUCAGAUCCAAAAUUAAGAACGAAGAACACCCAUUGUGGAUUUUGGAUUGGGGAUGGUGGUGGGUCACGACAGGGGGAGCGGAGGAGCUGCCACAGUCGACUGUGGUGGCUCUCUUCGCCGGAGAAGUGAGAAACGAGGGGAGAUAG